AUGCAAACUUCCCAACUGCUAAGCGUUUCCUUGACCGCCGUUGUGCUCUUCCUCGCCUACGGCGGCGUUGGUGGUGCUGGAAACUUGGCGACGAAAUGCGGCAAGGACUUGGAGAGCGUGAUGACGUGCCUGAGCUUCGCGCAGGGGAAGCAGAGCUCGCCUUCCAAGGAGUGCUACUGCUGCGCUUCCACCAAGAACACCAAAGACAAGGAGCCCGAGUGCCUGUGCUACAUCAUGCAGCAGACCCACAACGACACCGCCCAGUUCAAGAGCAUGGGCAUCCACGAGGGCAAGCUGCUUCAGCUCCCCACUGCUUGCCACCUCCAGAGUGCCAGCGUCAGCAACCUUUUAACUCACUGCUUCUUCUACUUCAUUUUGAAAUGA